AAUAAUCGUAGGUGCAUAAAAAGCAUUCGUAAUUUCCCCUUACUUGCGGCUGUUCGAGGGCCUGAAUUAGGGUAAUUCUCGGAAGGGGGCAAGAGGUCGUCGACCUCGAUCGGGUGGCAGAGCUGCGAUUCAAGUGGCCGUGGAAGAACCUAAAGUGGCGAAAGAAAAGUGCUACCUUCUGAAGAGAGAGAGAGAGAACGAGAUAGAUUUCGCUUAUCAGAACGCGCGGAAGUACUCGACUAAUUUUAGGCUCUUUUCGGAGACGAGAGGCUCGCGAGGAGACAUUCCAGGUCACUGUAAUGAUCAACCAUCAUGGCGCGGCCGGCAGCGACGACCCUGACGAGUCUCCUGAUGUUGCUGCUUAUGACGAUCGCGGCCAGUCUCUCGCCCAGGAUCAUUGCCACUACACAGGCGCCUUUUGGCAGGAUUCUGAAAGCUGUGAAACUGCACGGAGGCUACAUGGAGGUGAUCCAAGAGGAGAGAUGUUCCCACAGUCUGCUCAGACUGACGUGCAGGUCGUUGAGAGCGUUUAUCUUUAUUCUGGAAGCGGAAUACCACGCGAAUCACACGGAGCUCUGUCGGAAAGAGUCGAAAAGCUUGGAGGAGCUCAAAAUGUGGAAGAACAAAGGUAGCACGCGACGAUGGGCGAACAUGAAAGAGCUUAAAGGAAACUACAUUUUCGAUGACGAGGACGUGGAGGCAGACAUCGUCGAUAUUCGGUCAUCCUUGAAUAGAAGGUGCUCUGGACAAAAACACUGUCGCUACAACGUGACCAUCGAGCAUCCAGGAGCGCACUCUUGGAGUCCAGGUGGAAUUCUAUUAAAAUACGCUUGCAUACCAGAAGCUGCGGUUAAACGAUACUGCAAUCAGGAGGUGAAGGUGAUUGGCGGAGAAGGUGGUUACAUCAACACCCCGGGUUAUCCACUGUAUUACGUCGGGGAAACGUGCGGGUGGACCUUCAGGACGUUUCCGGGUCAGAGGAUAGCUCUGACCUUUCACGACUUGAAUAUCCGCGGUCCAGACGCGAACGGCGACUGCAUGGACAUCGUGAGAGUGCGGGAGAGCGGCAGCACUCUCUUCGAGUUCUGCGGCACCGCCGCGGGCGCGCGGAUCAUCUCCGACACGAACGUGCUGACCCUCGACUUCGUCGCUACGAGGAGGUUUUACAACGCCCGGGGCUUCUUGCUGCAUUACCAAGUGCUCGGCUGUCCGGAGGUCUCGGCGCCGAACGGAAGUUACGUGUCGAACGGUACAUUGACUUCGCGGACAUUCCUAUGCAAGUCGGGCAGCGUGUUCCCGGACAUCAGGGAGAGGAAGAGGACGCUCGAGUGUAGAAACGGCAAAUGGAACGAGACCGCUACCAAGUUACCCGGCUGCAUAGCCACAUCAGCGGUGAUCGUGAAGUCGGAGACCGAGCACCAUCAUCUAGCGAGUCUCUCCGGGGAUAACAUCCUCGGGACGGGGGUGAGAAUAGGACGUGGCGAGGACGCAGUCGCGAGUGGUGGCAUCAGCCCCGUUAUGGAUUCGACGCAAUCGGCCAUGAUGAAGCAAGCGGACUACGUCGUAGAUGUUGUGCUACCAACGGUCCUAAUUGCUUUGCUAUUCGUCGGCAAUGCGAUCAUCGUUUAUAUCAUCUUCCAGUUUAGAAAGAGAAAACUCUCGACCACGACGCAGGGCGAAGAGAUGGCCCUUCGGGGACCGCCUGACGUACCGAAUGUAUGAUUCGAGGAGCCCAGGCUAGUCGCACACGUGGCCACCAGGAACGACGAAAAGUCACCGAUGUCCACGUUGAGGUCGGGGAUCGUCGCGACGACGCCGCAGGACCGAUCCCCGAAGGACUCCGAAAUUCUCACAAUGAUCCCGUGCAAUUAGCUAGAAAAGCUAUGCUCGAAGAAGCGAGUACAGAGAGAGAGACAAAGAGAGAGAAAGAGAAAGAGCGCGUCUUCUUGCAGCAUUCGAACUCGUGUGUGUGCUUAUCGUGGACUCGUAGCGCGGAACGUGACUGCUCGAAUGUCGCUUCAGAGAUCAUUCUCUCGUUUCAUUUCCCUUGAAAUUUGGAGAAAUGAAAUUCGGAGUCGGACGACGCUACGCUUGGACACUAAAAAGUGCGCGAAGAAUACGGUCAAAAUACCGAGUAUUUUUCUCGCACGUUUUACUGCUAAGUGUAUCCGAUUGAUUAUCACUUUACGUCUAUGUUAAAUACAUUUUUUUAAUACACCGUAUUUAUCAUGAUUUAUUUCGCGAUAUGUUCGAAGAAUAGUUGCGUUUAGAACGAAAUAUAUGUUGCCAAAAAUAUGAGGCCCAGUGUCUGAUAAGAGCGUUUUAAAUAUAAAUGGAGGACUAUAUUGAUCCGAUGCCAUGUAACUCGCGAAUCUAUAUUACAUACGCAUAUUUACGUUAUUCUGUAUUAUAAUGUAAGGAAAUAAUAUAUUCUAUACUUCGUCCGAGAUUGUAGAUAAGUUAAAAAUAAAUCACCGUUUUCGUAAUA